CACCAGGUGUCUGCGAACGAGACUGCUCUGAAUGCAAGGGCGUCCAAAGACGAAGGCUCCUUUGUCACGCGGAUGAAGGAGAUAUUCCGGAUGAAGCAGAAAAUCCGGCGGCUGGAAGAAAAGUGCAAGCGUUUGAUGAGCGACCCUUCGGCCAGCGGACCGGACCGUCUGCCUGUGUCCGUCGACGCCGCGGGUUCGGCUGCUGGGGACGUCACUGGAUGUGACUGGGUCAACGGGAGGGGUCACGUGGCUGCUAGCGGCGAGUCCGGGAGUUCACAGGCCGUUACUGAAGUGGGGGACGAGCCUCUGGUGGUGCUGAGGGAUGAGGUGUCGCCUCUCAAUGUCAUUGGCAUGUUGAGGGAGUACGAGCUAUCUGACGAGAUGAUGGCGCACACGCCGUCGGACCUGCAGGAAGCUGUGGAAGUUAACCAGCGCCUGAAGAUUCAGAAUCUGGCCAUGCUGGCCGCUAUUCUUGACUGGAUUGUCAAGAAGCCGAUGGAGUGGGGCCUGAAGGAUAAGUUGACACAUUCUAAGAAGUGUGCUGAGCAAGUGGUGAAAGCGAAUUCGACACAGACAACCCCUAGGCGGUGUUUUGAGCAAGUGGUGAAACGGAAACGGUUGAAAGAGCUUCUGCAUCUUGAGAAAAGCAUUCAGGGGAUAUUCACCGAAGCGCAGAUCAAGGGCAUCACGAGGGACUUCUCGGCCAGAAUUCAAGAAAAACGCAGGAAGGUAGUUCUGUGGAGCGAAGAGGACAUGCGUCGUACGAUGGAGCUGAGGUCCAUCGGCUCAGAAGACGUGCUGAACCACGUCAGGUGGCGGAUGAAGAUACCCUUGCCGAGCAUGGAGACGGUGAAGUGGCGAUGCCGGAAAUCUCCUGAGCUGAACGCAAUGUACAGGUCGAUGUUGACCAAAGGGAACGAGGGGCCUCACUGCGGCCUGUGCCAGCGCGCACUGGGCGCCGUCGAUGACGUGGCAGGGACCAUGUUGGAACGGCCCAGUGACGUGGCCAGGAGCCCGCUGAACUCCGCCGACCUCUCCGGAACAUCUCGACAGUGCAGGCUACCCUUCACGGAGGAAGCGAAGCGGGGCGGUGACGCGUCGGUGUUGAAAAUAAGGUAUCCACCGCGGAAGAGAGCUCGCGAAAGGUCCGAGGACAGCGAGUCGCCGGACAGCGACGAGGAUGGGUACGGGGACCCGGGUGAAGCGGCGUUCGGGCUUAGUGCGCGUCCCAGGGAAUGUGAGCAAAGCAUGCCGACCGUCCUCAGUCACUCAACGGGCGUUCGUAACCAGUCGAGAAAAUGUUAUCUCUGAUGCGGCGCCCAAUGCACGUGCAAUGGUGCGCCCUAGUGGCGCCCACACCGAUAAUAUUCUGCGGAGUGCGUCUAUCGAGGAAAAUAACUGUGUCACAAACUGUCGUAAUCGGCCAUAGAUAUCCCCCGAUUACAGCUUUGAACUUGCAUCGUUGAACAAAGAUUGUCGCUCAGGCUUUGCGAACUUUGUGCCAUGUUGGACUUG